ACGAGCGAAACCCAAGGCUGUUACUCCGAGUUGAACUCACCGCUCUGUCUGCUCGCCAGCGGACGCCGUGGGGAUGGCGGCGGAGAGCCCCUCGGGCGAACUCAACCUCGGCGAGAUCGAGCUGCAAGAUCCCUCCCCUCCACCCUCUCUUCGCCUCACGGCUGCACUCGAUGCUUGCUCCAAGUCCUUUGAGUCUGGCGAUCUCGGCAAGUCUGAUGAGGCGGUCGCGGCGGUAGUGAGCUUCCUCGAUUCGAUCGUCGAUCCUGGUAACGCCGCGAUCGAUGAUGCCGUCGCGCAGAACGCACUUGAGGAGAUCCACCACUACUUGUCAUCUGCUUCGUCGAAUCAGACGGUAGUUGAGGCACUCUCUCUUGAGCUCCCCAAGGUGGUGGUGAAAUUUGUAGCUUUAUCAGAUCGUUGUCGGGAGAUUGCUGAGAGUAUUAUCGACCAUCUCGUAGCCACCUGUAGUCCACGGGACUUGCUGUCGAUUCUUUGUGAGGCAUCAGAUACCCAGAUUAGAGUGUCGAAGUCACCAAGUUACUUUAUUCCGCUCUUAGGGGGGAUCUCAAAAGUUUUUCUUUGUAUACAGAGGCGUCAUCUUGAACAAGUAAACGCAGCACUACCUGCUAUCCUUGAAGUUCUUUAUGCUUGUUCUUCGGAGUCUGACGACGAAGAGAAAGAUAACUAUCAGGACUUAUUUAGCACAGCGGUUGGCAUUGGAACAUCUAUUCAAGCAAUUUGUGGGAAAAUGGUUGGAAGAAGAAAAGAAGAGCUACAUGCAAUACUUGGUCUUUAUGUCCUGCAAAAUAUAGCUCUUGUAUCAAGAAGCAAACAUGCAAAUAUUAUUUCAAGCUACUGUUCACUUGUUCUGCGAUUUUCUGAGUUGCUUCCCUUUUGUGGGUUCUCCUUUUAUGGUCUGAUAAUGGGAUCCGAUGUCAGUUCAGCUAUUGAUGAAGUUUCCAAAGAGGAUGACAAUGGCUUGCUGGCCUGCUUUUCGUUGGCAGUGAAUGGGGCAGCUCUUGCAGUUAUAUGGGGGUAUAUCAAUAAUGAAGUUGCAAAAGCUGCUGGGGACCAGUUGACGGCUGUUCUAGACAAAAUUCGAAGCAAUCGAAGUGAAAGGUGGCAAGUUAUUGGGAUGUUGAAACCUAUACUUUCCUCGAUAGACUAUUCAUGGGAAAUAAAAUAUCAUUGCAUAGACCUGCUAGGUAGCAUAAUGGAUGGAACUAACACUGAAGAACGUAACGAUGAUAACGAUAUUGAUUUCUCAUCCGUUAUGCCGAGUCUCUUUACUACCCUCCAGGCUAUCCAAAGGAUCAUGAUUAGUGCUUCAGAUGCCUCAAUAAGAAAAAAAGCUUUUGCCACACUUAGAAAGAUAAUUUCAGAUCUUCCAUCUUCCCAUCGAUUUGACAUGCUAAAGGUUCUUAUUACUAAUAGCAAUUCCCCUUCAAUGAUUGCAAUUCUUAUUGAUCUUGUGAGGGAGGAAAUUGUUGCUGAAAGAAAUCAGGGAACAUCAUCAGAAAAUUGUCUAGACAUUCAUGUAGAGAAGAGAAAGGGACCGUUUUGGAGCUCUUAUGCCCUUGACCUUGUGGGUCUGGUUUUGAAGCCUCCAAAAGGAGGUCCUCCUUCUCUCCCUGAAGAUAGUGAUCCGGUUCUAUCUGCUCUCAAUCUGUUUAGAUUUAUUUUGAUAAUGGAGUCCACAGGAAAAACAAACCACACUGGUGUGCUCACGAAGAGUACCUUGCAAAUGGCCUACACAGAGUGGCUUCUACCUCUUAGAACACUGGUCGCCGGCGUUUCGGCAGAGAACGAGAAGGAUGAAAGCGAGCUUGCAGAUCACAUUUUCUGUGCCUUAAAUCCUGUCCAAUUGGUACUCUACCGUUGCAUUGAAUUGGUCGAAGACAAUCUUAAACAUUCAAAAUGAAAUUGGCGGUAGCUUGUGCAGAGGAUCCGCAGCUGAUUUCCACUUACUUUCACUGUGUGUAAAUCACAAGAUAUGACGGAACAAUUGCCUCAGAUGUGAUCCAGCAAGCGUGUGCUGAAGCUGCUAUGCUAGCACAGCAGAAUGAUCAGAUCUUGCUGCGAGUCAAGUUAAUUCUGUCGCCGAGAGUGUCAUGAUGGUAUCCUCUGCUGCUUCCUGUCAGAUUACAAAGGAGUAACUCGAGCCAUGCAAUUUUGGGCAUCAUCGGCCACCAACCCAAGAUCCUCCUUGAGAACCCAUUUUUAUUGGAAGAGUCUGGAUUAGCACACGGUACGAUUACUUCUAAUGAAAAGCGCUGGUCAUAUUACUUGCUUUUGUCAUGUUCUUGUUUCCAAAGUACUUAAUUAUUUUACAUUCA